AUGUUAUCCUUCACUUCCCCUGGAAUGAAGUUCGACACAACAUACUCUAAAAGAGGAGGACCCCCUACUUUGAGACUGCAGGGUCAGACCUGUCAUCGAAUUGGUACACUACUGCCAGAAACCGGGCAACCUCCGCAAUAUGCUCAAUUAUACAUCUAUGACACGGACAAUGAAGUUGAACACAAAAUAAAAUGUUUCAAGGAUAACAAAGGCAUCGAGCGCCCGGUUGUCAAUAAGCUCAAGAUGAUGUUAGAUGAGCACAAUGUUCAUGCCAAAGCUUUUAGAAUGGCAAGGGAUGUUUUAAGGACAAAUUCUUUCACAGAUUUAAAACUCAGGCUUAUUUCUGAUAGAUCCGAAGAUGGCCGUGUUUACAACAAACCUACUGUCUCAGAAGUGGCUGCACUCAUUGUGGGAGACAUUGAUUCUGCUGAUAAAAGGGACAUCUUAAUUCAGCGCCGCAAUGGUGGUUUGCAACGAAUAGAUGAGUUUCACCCAACAUAUUUGGCUUAUCAGUAUCCUCUUAUAUUUCCUUAUGGGGAAGAUGGUUACAGGAAAAAUAUAAUGCACAGAUAUCGCCAUGAAACUGAGGUCACUAGGAGAAACCGUCAAAGCAUUAAGGAUUGGUUUUCUUAUCGGUUACAACAGCGUCGCAAAGAGGCAAAAACGCUACUUUACUCAAGACGCCUAUUUCAACAAUUCUUAGUCGACGGCUAUGCUAUGAUGGAAUCCGAACGACUGAAUUGGUUGAGAGAUAAUCAAUCGAAGUUAAGAGUGGGCAAAUAUAAUAAUUUGACCGCUCAAACUGAUGGCGAUAGAAGAAACGAACACCAAAAGCGAGGAAAACGAGUUGUUCUGCCAUCAACAUUUGUUGGUAGCAAGAGAUAUAUGGAUCAACUAUAUUUUGACGGUAUGGCCAUUUCAAGUCGAUUGGGAUUCCCUGGUUUAUUUGUUACUUUUACCUGCAACCCAAAUUGGCCUGAAAUUAAAAGAGCAUUGUCAGGAACAGGUCUACAACCCCAUGAUAGGCCAGAUAUCAUUUCAAAAGUUUUCAAAAUAAAGUUUGAUACCCUCAUGGAUGAUAUUACAAAACACCAUGUCGUUGGAAAAGUGAUUGCAUAUAUGUACACCAUUGAAUUCCAAAAGCGGGGAUUGCCACAUGCUCACAUCUUGAUAUUCCUACACCCUCAGAGCAAAUACCCAACACCAUCUGACAUAGACAAGAUCAUUUCUGCUGAAAUUCCCGACCCGACUGUUCAUCCCAAUUUAUACAAAUUGGUUAAGGCACAUAUGAUGCAUGGACCCUGUGGCCUUGCGCGCGUGACCUCACAAUGUAUGAAGAAUGGACGAUGUUCUAAAUACUAUCCCAAAAAGUUUAUUGAACACACUAUUGUUGAUGCAGAGGGAUAUCCACUGUAUAGGAGAAGAUCAAAAACCUUCACUAUUGAAAAAAAUGGUAUCACCUUGGACAACAGACAUGUGGUUCCAUAUAACACCAGAUUUCUUAUGAAAUACCAGGCACAUAUAAACAUGGAAUGGAAUAAUCAGAGUACUUCCAUAAAAUAUCUUUUCAAAUAUAUCAAUAAAGGCUAUGACAAAAUAACAGCAGCAGUUUCAACAAAUAGCAAUCAACCUGUUGAUGAAAUCCAACAAUAUCUCGACUACAGAUUAUGCACGCAUGGAAAUGUGCUGGAAACUGCAAGUGUGACUGAAUCAAUGUUUACUGCAUGGCUGGUGGCAAAUGCUAAAUAUGAAGAGGCACAAACAUUAACGUAUGGUCAAUUUGUCUCAAAGUUUGUUUAUCACAAAAAACAGAGAGAAUGGAAACCGCGGAAAAAAGGCUUCACCAUUGGACGUCUCAUAUGGGUUCCGCCAACAACUGGUGAACUGUUUUACCUACGCAUGAUGUUGACGGUGGCAAAAGGACCAACAACUUAUGAGGAAAUCAGGACCGUGGAUAACAUCCAGUAUGAUACAUUCAGAGAUGCAUGCUUUGCAAUGGGAUUUCUUGAAGACGACAAAGAAUACAUAGCUGCUAUAAAGGAGGCAAGUCAUUGGGGGACUGGUCAUUUUCUUCGAAAACUGUUUGUUAUCAUGCUUUUGUCUGGUGCUGUUAAUCGCCCUGCACAUGUUUGGGAACAAACUUGGCUCCUAUUAUCUGAUGGUGUCUUACAUACAUAA